UGCCUUCUUUUCUCUAUUCUCUUUUCCUCUCUGUAUCUUAUUUUAUAGCAUGGCGGAGCUAGAGUACCUGGUUAACACCAAAAGCAACACGGCCGCCGCCGCUACUCGUCUAAAGCUCUUUGGCUUCAACAUAUCCGAAGACGACGGUGGGUCGGAAUCGAUAACCAUUACGAACACGGUCAAAGCUCCACCGUCCGGGACUCCUUCAGGUGAACGUAAAUACGAGUGUCAGUAUUGUUGCCGUGGGUUCGCCAACUCCCAGGCCUUGGGGGGUCACCAAAAUGCUCAUAAAAAGGAAAGGCAGCAGCUGAAGCGUGCUCAGAUGCAAGCCACGAAUCCUAUGAUCUCUGCUUUCGCUCCUCCGCCGCAUCUGUUGGCCUCGGCUGCACCCUUUGUGGUGCCAGCUUCAACGGGGCCAUCUUGGGUUUACUUACCACGAGGAGGGCCUCCUCCGCUUUUCCACUACUCGCUCGGUUGUUUGAUUCCAACUGCCGGUGGUGGGAGGGCGCCAGCAGGAGUAUCUUAUGGUGGUGGUGACGGUGGUGGGGCCAACCAUGGAAGGACCUUUGAUGGCCCCUCUUUGAGUAGGUUUACAAAAGGAGACCAUGGUGGCAGUAGUUUUGAUGAUUCGCUGAGCUCGGAUUUGCAUCUUAGUCUUGCACCAUCUCCGCCUUGA